CUGUUCUUUCUUCGUGUACCAAUCCAUAGAUCUGCGAAAUCCAGGGUUCCGGCACAUGAUAAGACCAAAAGACGGACCAAAAACGCUGACAUUUCCACCUCUAACAAGUCAACUAUAUAUGUCACCGAUUUGAAACCAAAUGCCACGGAAAACGAUCUCAUAGACUACUUCUCCAAAUAUGGCACUGUCAAAGACGCCAGGGUUGUCAUUGAUAAUAAUACAGGCCAGUGCCUGGGAUACGGACAUGUUACCUUCGCCGACAGAGGGGCUAUUGAAGAUGGUGGAGUUCUGGAGAUCAGCCACUUCCUCGAUGGCUGUCGCAUAAAGGUCCUGCCGGAAAUGCCUUCUGCAGAUGGGGACAAAGGGCAACCACAAGUCCAGUCUACUGGCCAGGACACCAUCCCUGCCGACGUCCUCACUAGCAAGAAAACCAUAUUUGUCUGUCAGUUUAAACCCGGCACAACCGAAGAGGAUCUCACAACUUAUUUCUCCAAAUUUGGCACAAUCCAGCGGGCCAAGAUAAUAACCGAUAAGGCGACCGGCAGAUCUCGAGGCUUCGGGUUCGUAACCUUCACUGAUGAAUCGACUUUACAGGGUGGCGUUCUUGAGGCUUCUCAUUUCCUUCGUGGCCGUCAGCUCGUAGUACAAGCAGAUCUCAAGGCUUACUUCUCCCAAUUUGGCACAGUCAAGAGGGCACGGAUAAUAACCGAUAAGGCUACCGGCGAGUCGCGAGGCUUCGCCUUCGUCACCUUCACUAGUGAAAGGACUUUACAGGGUGGCGUUCUUGAGGCUUCCCAUUUCCUUCAUGGCCGGCAACUCGUCGUAAAACCAAGCAUUACCCCUACUUGCGUUCCUAGGCUCAAACUACAAAUCCAGUUGAGUUGUCUAGCAGCACCUGAGAAGAAAGUGAAGCAGACCGUGACUCCCACCAAACUCUGCAUUCGAUCCGUGCCCCCAGAUAUAACUGAAGACAGUCUACAUAAGUACUUCUCUAGUUUCGGCAUUGUCAAGGACGUUCACCUGCUGACGCAAGUUAUUAGUCUUGGUCGCGGUUUCGUGGUCUUCCAUGACUCGGUCGCCGUAAGCAAGGUGAUGGAGUCCCAGCCGCACACAUUAAAAGGGAAACAGAUUACCGUGUCUUGCACCGAGGAAAUAGAACCUACAGACACAGGAUCUGAAAAGCAAGUGAAGCAGAACGUGGCUCCUAACAGACUCUGCCUUCGAUCCCUGCCCCCAGAGAUAACUGAGGGCAGUCUGCAUAAGUACUUCUCCAAAUUUGGCGUUGUCAAAGACGUUGGAGUGCUGACGAAAGUGAUUAGCCUUGGUCGCGGUUUCGUGGUCUUCCAUGACUCAGAUGCCGUAAGUAAGGUGAUGGAGUCCCAGCCGCACAAAUUGCAGGGAAAGAAGAUCACCGUGUCUUGCACGGAGAAACCAGAACCUACAGACACAGGAAUAAAAAUCAUGGACUCUCUCAGUGGAGCAUACGCCACUGAGAUUUACGGACCAGGUCAUGGCCUGAACAAUUUACAGAAACUAUCUUUGCCAAUAACCGUGACUGCCACCAAUGUCAGGCGUUUCAACUUUGUGGUCCCAUAG